CACAUCUCUCUCUCUCUCUAUAUAUAUAUAUAAAAAGUCCUGUGUCCUUUUGUGCCUUCAGAGAGGCUGUCCAAUGGGCAUGCUGUGUGGCAGUAUUAAUUUUUUUUUUUAAGGUGAAGCAGAAAAAGAGAGAUCACUCCCCAGAUGCUUGUCGAGGCUGGCACUGGGCUGGACCAGGCUAAAGCUGGGCGAUGGGAAGCCAGUGUGGAUCUCCCAUGGGAGUUGCAGGAGUGGAACUAAACCAGCUGAAUAGCCUCGUGAAGGUGUUAGUGUGGUAGAGGUCACCUCUGACUGCAAGUUCUUAGGUUGGGGCAAUGACAUCUGAGAGGCUAUCAUUUCCAGUGGUGACAUUUUAAGCCAAGAUUAAGUCAUUUGGAAGUGGGAUUGGAGUAUCCUUUUUAAGUGAAUACCCGCUGGAGUUAAUGUGAUCUGAUUAAAAACCAAUAAAGCAAUAAAUUACUAAACCAAUAGUAAUACGACCGUUAGUUAAUAGAAUGAUGUUAAGCUGCACUGGAGAAGGAGUUUUUGGCUUAUGUUUUAUUUUGUUUAAAUUUGAAAGGCUCCUGAAAUGGCCACAACAGUUGGCUGUUACGGGCUGAAGCCAGGAGCCAGGAACUCCAUCCUGGUCUCCCACAUAGGUGGCAGGAGCUCAAGUACAUGAGCCAUCAUCAAGUAUUCCCCAAGUACAUUAGCAGGGGGCUGGAUCAGAAGUGCACUAGCUGGGACUCAAACUGACCCUUAGGGAUGUGGGUGUCCCAGGCUGGGACUUAACCUGCACGCUGCAAUGGUCCACUGGUUGUUUUUUUUUGGUGGAAGUAUAGUUUGGCAGUUGAAUUUGCAAAUGAGGGACAUAUUGCCACUUCUUAGUACGUAAGAAGUACUAAAGGAUAUUGGAGUUACAGGUCCAUUGUGAGUGUGUCAGCUGAGUCUCCUUGGGGAAAGAUGUUAUGGAUGUGAUAUCAUACCUGGGUUAUGAAGGAGGUGGGUGUUAUAAAGAUCAUGUGUGAUGGCAGAUCUGUUGAAUAGCCUGGAAAAAGUGAGUUGUGUCCCUUCUGACAUGGAGGCAAACUGCAGGUAUGAGGCUGUUGGUAAGUUUGAAUCCCCGAGGCCCUGUUUUACAUUGGUCCAUGUUAACUGGGGAUCUGUGGGGUGCUAUCUUAAGAGUAUUUAUUCUCAAACUGAAAUAUUAUAGAGCCAGAGGUGCUACCAUUAGGAAGUUUAAGCAAGGUUAUGGUUAAAGUGAGGCAUACUUUUUUUCCCUUCUGUAUUUAGUUUCCCUUUGAAGAGUUUAGAGGCACAAUGGUUAAAUUUAGUGGAAUCCCUUUGUUUAACUUGAUCCCCAGAUUGACUAAACCAAAGAAAUUUUGUUAAUUGAUACACCAAUGGAGUUUCGUUGAUUGAUACACCUUAGCAAAUGUUAAAAAUAAGUAAAAACAGUAUACCUUUGGAUCUGUUUGCCUGCCUUUUUCUUUCUUCUCUCUCUCCCUAUCUCCAUCUCUCUCUCCCUCCCUCCUUCUCUCUCUCUCUCUCUCUUUUUUUUUUUUUUGCAUUUCAUAAGUACAACUUUAGGAAUAUAGUGAUUCUUCCCAUCAUACCUGCCAUCCCACCCACUCUCUCACCCCUCCUCCUUCCUCUCCCAUUCUCAGUCCCAUUCUCCACUAAGAUCCAUUUUUGAUUAACUUGAUACUAAACUCUAUACCAAAUAAAGAGUGCAACAGUUUGCACAAGCAAACAAAAACACCUGUUCCUCAACAUUCACAACAAGGGCUCUUCAAAUUCAUUGCAUCUUUAAGGUAAUUUCACUUUUUUUUUUUUUAAAGAAAACUAACUUUAAAGAAGCACCCAAGAAUUAUACUUUUUUUUGCUAGCACUUAGACAUAAUUAUAAUACAACUCUUUGAGGACAGAGGUCCUGCAUGGGAAGUUAGUGUAUAGUGACUCUUGUUAAUUUAACAAUUAACACUCUUAUGUAUGAUGUCAGUGAUCACCUGAGGCUCUUGACAUGAGCUGCCUAUGCUAUGGAAACCUUUGAAUCCACAAACCCUCAGUAUUUAGACAAGGCGAUAAGCAAAGUGGAAGUUCUCUUCUCCCUUCAGAGAAAAGUACCUUCUUCUUUGAUGACCACUUCUUUCCACUGGGGUAUCACCCACCGAGGUCCUUCAUGUAGGACAUUUUUUGCUACAGUGCCUUGACUUUCCAUUCAUGAAGUACUCUGGUGGGCUUUUUAGCCAAGCUAGAAUGCCUUAAGGGCUGAUUCUGAGGUCAGAGUGCUAUUUAAAGCAAUUGUCACUCUAUGAGUCUGCUGUGUGGACUGCUUCCCAUAUUGGAACAUUCAAUCCUUUUAAAUUCUAUCUAUUAUUAUUGCCAGACAUUUAAUCCUAUCCAUAUUAUCACUUUAACACUUAUGGUAUUUUUGCCACCCACCUUAAGGGGAUUUGGGGUCCCAUGGCAAGUUUUUAAAUUGUACCCUUAGAAGUAAGUCUGUAGGAAUGUAUGCAGAACUAUACAGCUUUACAGUUAUAAACUUCAUACACUUCAUAGUUACAGCUUUAGGAACAUGGUGAUUCUGCCAUGCCUGCCCUCGCACCCCUCUUCUUCCUCCCUAUCUUAUUCCCACUUUUAUUUUUUACUGAGAUCUAUUUUCAAUGGACUUUAUACACAUGUUUAAUUCUGUGUUAAGGUAAAGAGUUCAACAAAAAGUAUAAAAAAUAAGAAUAAAAAACUAUUCCUCAACAGUCAAGAUAAUGGCUGUUCAAAUCAUUGCUUCUCAAAGAGUCAAUUUCACUUCUACAGAUUACAUUUUAGGUGCUCUAUUAGUUAUCACAGGUCAAGGAGAACAUAUGGUAUUUGUCCCUUUGGGACUGGCUUAUUUCACUAAGUAUAUGAUUUUUUCCAGACUCAUCCAUUUUGUUGUAAAUGACCAGAUUUCUUUUUUUAACCACUGUGUAGUAUUCCAUAGUGUACAUAUCCCAUAAUUUCUUUAUCCAGUCUUAAGUUGACAGGCAUUUGGGUUGAUUCCAUGUCUUAGCUAUUGUGAAUUGAAUUGCACUAAACAUGGGGAUGCAGAUAGCUCUUUCAUAUGCUGAUUUCAUUUCCCUUGGGUAAAUUCCCUGGAGUGGGAUGGCUGGGUUGUAUGGUAGGACUAUGUUCGGAUUUCUGAGGUAUCUCCACAAUGUCUUCCAUCCCACAAACAGUGGAUUAGGAUACCUUUUCCCCCAUACCCUUGCCAGCAUUUGUUGUUUGUUGAUUUCUGUAUAAAAACCAUUCUAACUGGGGUGAGGUGAGACCUCACUGUGGUUUUGAUUUGCAUUUUUUUCAUGUGUCUGUUGGCCAUUUGGAUUUCUUCUUUUGAAAAAUGUCUGUUAAAGUCCUUUGCCCAUAUCUUCACUAGGUUGUUUGUUUUGUUGUUGAAUUUCUUGAUCUCUUUAUAUAUUCUGGUUAUUAAUCCUUUAUCAGUUGAAUCAUUUACAAAUAAUUUCUCUUAUUCUGUUGGUUGCCUCUUCACUUUCCUGAGUGUUUCUUUUGCAGUACAGAAGCUUCUCAAUUUGAUGUAAUCACAUUAGUUAAUUUUGGCUUGGCUUGCUUGUGCCUUUGGGGUCUUUUCCAAGAAGUCUUUGCUUAUGCCAAUGUCUUGCAGGGUUUCCUCAAUGUUCUCUAAUAAUUUGAUGGUAUUGGGUUGUAGAUUUAGGUCUUUAAUCCAUUUUGAGUGGAUUUUUGUGUAAAGUAUAAAGUAACGGGUCUUGCUUCAUAUUUCUACAUGUGGAAAUACAGUUUUCCCAGCACCAUUUGUUGAAGAGACUCUCCUUGCUCCAGGGAUUGAUUUUAGCUCCUUUAUCAAAGAUAAGUUGGUUAUAGAUGCUUGGAUUGAUUUCUGGUAUUAGUAUUCUUUUUUUUUUGACAGGCAGAGUGGACAGUGAGAGAGAGCGAGAGACAGAGAGAAAGGUCUUCCUUUAACAUUGGUUUACCCUCCAGUGAUCACUGUGGCUGGCGCACCGUGCUAAUCCAAAGCCAGGAGCCAGGUGCUUCCUCCUGGUCUCCCAUGCGGGUGCAGGGCCCAAGCACUUGGGCCAUCCUCCAGUGCACUCCUGGGGCACAGUGGAGAGCUGGACUGGAAGAGUGGCAACCAGGACAGAAUCCGGCACCCUGACCGGGUCUAGAACCUGGGGUGCCGGCACCACAAGCAGAGGAUUAGCCUAUUGAGCCGCAGUGCCGGCCAGCAUUAGUAUUCUGUUCUAUUGGUCUAUCCAUCUAUUUUUGUGCCAGUACCAGGCUGUUUUGAUUAUAACUGUCCUGUAGUAUGUGUUGAAAUCUGGUAUUUUGAUGCCUCCAGCUUGUUUCUGUUGUAUUAGAUGGCUUUAGCUAUUUGAGGUCUCCUGUGUUUCCAUAUGAUUUUCAGCAUCAUUUUUUCUAUAUCUGAGAAGAAUGUCUUUGGUAUUUUGAUUGGUAUUGCAUUGAAUCUGUAAACUGUUUUUGGAAGUAUGGACAUUUUGAUGAUAUUGAUUCUUCCAAUCCAUGACAUGGAAGAUUUUUCCAUUUUUUUGUAUCUUCCUCAAUAUCUUUCUUUAAUAUUUUGUAAUUCUCAUCAUAGAGAUCUUUGAUAUCCUUGAUUAGUUUUAUUCCAAGGUAUUUGAUUUUUUAAAAUAAUUUACUUAUUUAUUAGAGGUAUUAUAGACAGUAAGAGGAAAAGACAGAAAGAUCUUCCAUCUGGUGGUUCACACCCCAAAUGGCCACAAUGGCUGGAGCUGAGCCAAUCAGAAGCCAAGAGCCAGGAGCUUCCUCUGGUUUCCCACGUGGGUGCAGAGGCCCAAGUGCUUAUGCUAUCUUUAACUGCUUUCCCAGACCAUAAAAGAGAGCUGGAUCAGAAGAGGAGCAGCCAGGACUAGAACUGGUGAUCAUAUAGGAAGCCGGUGCUCAGGCAGAGAAUUAACUUACUACACCACAGUGCAGGCCCCGGUAUAUGAUUUUUUUUUUUUUUUUGUCGCUGUUAUGAAUGGGAUUGAUCGUAGAAGUUCUUUGUCAUCUGUGGCUUUGUGUGUACAAAGGCUGUUGAUUUUUGUGUAUUGAUUUUUUUAAAAGAUUUAUUUAUUUAUUUGAAAGAGUUACACAGAGAGAAGAGAGGGAGAGGUCUUCCAUCCAGUGGUUCACUCACCAGUUGGCCGCAAUGGCCGGAGCUGCGCUGAUCCAAAGCCAGGAGCAAGGAGCUUCUUCUGGGUCUCCCACAUGGGUGCAGGGGCCCAAGGACUUGGGCCAUCCUCUACUGCUUUCCUUGGCCAUAGCAAAGAACUGGACCGGAAGUAGAGCAGCCAGUUCUUGAACCAGCGCCCAUUUGGGAUGCUGGCGCUUCAGUCCAGGGCGUUAACCUGCUGCACCACAGCACUGGCCCUGUAUUGAUUUUAUAUCCUGCUACUUCACCAGACUCUUCUAGGAGUUCCAAUAGUCUCUUGGUGGAGUCUUUUGGAUCCCCUAUAUAUAGAAUCAUGUCAUCUGCAAAUGGGGAUAGUUUGACUUCCUCUUUCCUAAUUUGUAUUUCUUUGAUUUCUUUUUCUUGCCCAAUGGCUCUGGCUAAAACUUCCUGGAAUAUAUUGAAUAGCAGUGGUGAAAGUGGGCCUCCUUGUCUGGUUCCAGAUCUCAGUGAGAAUGCUUCCAACUUUUCUCCAUUCAAUAGGAUGCUGGCCAUGGGUUUGUCAUUGAUUGCCUUGAUUGUGUGAAGAAUGUUCCUUCUAUACUCAAUUUGCUUAGAGUUUUCAUCAUGAAAGGGUGUUGUAUUUUAUCAGACGCUUUCUUUGCAUCUAUUGAGAUAAUCAUAUGUUUUUUUUUUUUCAGUUUGUUAAUGUGAUGUAUCACAUCAAUUGAUUUUCUAAAGUUGAACCAUCCCUGCAUGUCAGGGAUAAGUCCUGCUUGGUCUGGUGAAUGAUAUUUCUAAUGUGUUAUUGGAUUCUAUUUGCCAGAAGUUUUUUGAGGUUUUUUGCAUCUAUGUUCAUCAGGAAAAUUGGUCUGUAGUUUUAUUUCUCAAUUGCAUCUUUUUCAGGUUUAGGAAUUAAGGUAAUGUUGGCUUCUUUGAAUUUGGGAGGAUUCCCUCCCUGUCAAUUAUUUUGAAUAGCUUGAGAAGAAUUGGAGUUACUUUUUUUUUUUUUUUAAGAUUUAUUAAUUUAUUUGAAAGAGUUACACGGGGAGAGAAGGAGAGGCAGGCUAUAGCAGAGAGCUGGAUUGGAAGUGGGGCAGCUGGGCCUCCAACUGGCACCCAUAUGGGAUGCUGCCACUGUAGGUGGCAGCUUAACCUGCUAUGCCACAGUGCCAGCUCCCCUCCCUCCCUUUUUAAAAGAUUUAUUUAUUUAUUUGAAAGAGUUACACAAGAGGAGAGGCAGAGAGAGAGAGAGAGAGAGAGAGAGAGAGAGAUCGAUCUUCCAUCCACUGGUUCACUCCCCAAUUGGUCACAAUGGCCGGAGCUGUGCCGAUCCAAAGCUAGGAGCCAGGAGCUCUUCCGGGCCUCCCACGCGGGUGCAUGGGCCCAAGGACUUGGGCAGUCCUUUGCUUUUCCAGGUGAUAGCAGAGAGCUGGAUCGGAAGUAGAACAGCUGUGUCUCGAACCGAUGCCCAUAUGGGAUGCCAGCACUUCAGGCCAGCCCCUGGAGUUACUUCUGUUUUAAAUGUCUGGUAGAAUUCAGCAGUGCAGCCAGCCAGUCAUGGUCUUUUCUUUGUUGGGAGGAUCUUUAUUACUGAUUCAGUUUCUGUCUUAGUUUUGGGUCUGUUUAGGUUUUCUGUGUCUUCAUGGCUCAAUUUAUGUAGGUUGAAUGUGUCCAGGAAUCUAUCCAUUUCUUCUUGGUUUCCUGGUUGAUGUAGAACUCUUUGUAGUAAUUUCUGAUGAUUGUUUUUAUUUCUGUGGUGUCUGUUACAUUUCCUCUUUCAAAUCAGGACUCCAGCAGCCAAGAGCCUCCACACCAGCUUUGGAGAGUGAGGAAUCCAAAUAACCCUAUGUACGAGAAACAGAGAUUACCACUGUCCAGUUAGAUUCAUAGCCCUGAAUUGUCUGUCGUGUCACAAAAGAGAGUGCCCAGGUGUAUUUCACCAUCAGUCUUACAGGAUGGAAGCUGUCAGUUUGUCCCUUGGCCUCUUUUCUAGACUCCCAAUCAGCCAUCAUGAAGAAAAGACAGAAGCAAAAAGAACGGUAGCUGACUGCCUGACAAAUUGUUAUCAGGACCUGGUGACCUUUGAUGAUGUGGCUGUGAACUUCACCCAGGAGGAAUGGAAUUCACUGAACUCAACUCAGAGAGACCUAUACAGAGAGGUGAUGCUGGAGAACUAUGAGAACUUGGCUGCAGUAGGAUGUCAGCUUAUUAAACCCAGCGUGAUCUCUUGUUUGGAGGAAGAAAAAGAGUUGAGGACAGUGGAGAGAGCUGUUCUUCAAGAAUGGAACAUACACCUUAACAACAAAGGACCAGCACUUUGGCAAGAUAUUUUUUGGUCACAUACUCCAAAUGGGAUACAAGUGGAAGAAAGUCAAAAUGGAGUGGAGCUCUAUGAAUGUAAGUCAAAUAGUGAAGUGUUCAAAGAACACCCAGGCCUUCUGACACACAUGAGUGCUCAAAAUAGAGGGAACACAGGUACAUAUGAUCAGUAUGGAAAAGUCAUUUCAACUCUGCACAAGGAACCUGGAGAGAACCUUCCUGUGUUCAGACAGUAUGGGAAAGACUUAAGUGUAACCCCAAAUACUUACCAGACAGCAAGCUUGCGAGACAAAUCCUUUGAAUGCAGUGACUAUGGACAAGCCUUUAUUGAUCAGUCAUACCUUCAGGCACAUGGGAGAACUCAAAAUGGUGAAAAACUCUGUGAAUGGAAGCAGUGUGGUAGCACUUUGACUUCCUCCGUAAGUCGUCCGGAUAUACAUGUUCAAACACCCACAGGAAAAAAAUCCUACGAAUGUAAGGAAUGUGGAAAAAGUUUCAGAUAUUCUGCCAACCUUAAUAUUCAUAUGCGAACCCAUACUGGCGAGAAACCUUAUCAGUGUAAGGAAUGUGGGAAAGCCUUCUCUAGGUUUUAUCCAUUAACUCAACAUUUAAAAACUCACACUGGAGAGAAGCCGUUUGAAUGUAAGGUAUGUGGAAAAUGCUUUAGAAAUUCCUCCUGCCUCAAUGAUCACUUUCGAGUUCACACUGGACUAAAACCAUAUAAAUGUAAGGACUGUGGCAAAGCUUUCACUGGGCGCUCUGGCCUUAGUAAACACUUACCAACUCAUACUGGAGAGAAGCCUUAUGAAUGUAAGGAAUGUGGGAAAGCCUUCACUACGUCCUCAGGCCUUAUCAAGCAUACACAAACUCACACAGGCGAGAGACCCUUUGAAUGUUACCAGUGUGGGAAAGCUUUUGCUUCUUCGUCAUCUCUCAUUACACAUUUGAGAAUUCACACUGGAGAGAAGCCCUUUGAGUGUAAAAUAUGCGGGAAAGCGUUUUCAUGUUCUUCUUAUCUUCGUAUACACAUGCGAACUCACACUGGAGAGAGACCCUAUGUGUGUAAGGAAUGUGGGAGAGCCUUCACGGAGCGCACAUGCCUUACCAAGCAUUUGCGAACACACACUGGGGAGAACCCCUUUGAAUGUAGCAUAUGUGGGAAAGCAUUUGCAUGUUCUUCCUACCUUCAGAAUCACAUGCGAACUCACACCGGAGAGAAACCUUAUAUAUGUAAGGAAUGUGGGAAAGCCUUCACUGUUUCCUCGCAUCUCAGUAAACAUACAAGAAUUCAUACUGGAGAGAAACCUCACAAGUGUAAGGAAUGUGGGAAGGCCUUCACUGUGCGCUCAGGCCUUACUAAACAUAUGCGAACUCACACUGGGGAGAAGCCCUAUGAUUGCAAGGAGUGUGGGAAAGCCUUCACUACGUCCUCAGGCCUUAUUGAACAUAUAAGAAUUCACACAGGAGAGAAACCCUUCGAAUGUUACCAGUGUGGGAAAGCCUUUGCUUCUUCCUCCUAUCUUAUCGCACAUUUGAGAAUUCACACGGGAGAGAAGCCCUUCGAGUGUAAUAUGUGUGGGAAAGCGUUCACAUGUUCCUCCUACCUUCAGAAUCACAUGCGAACUCAUACUGGAGAGAAACCGUAUGUUUGUAAGGAAUGUGGGAGAGCCUUCACUGUUUACUCACACCUAAGUAAACAUGUAAGAAUUCACAGUGGAGAGAAAUCCCAGAAAUGUAAGGAAUGUGGGGAAACUUUCAGGAGUUCUUCUCAUCUUACGGAACAUACACAAACACACUGGAGGGAAAACCUUUGGAGGUAAGGAAUGAAGAAACUUUUAGGAAGUCCUCAGACCUUAGCACAUUCAAGUUUGCACUGAUAAGAGAUGUCCCUCUUCAAAGACCUGAACGAACGAACUCUGACGAUGUCGCGUGAAUUUUAGGAAUAUGGGAGAGCUGUUGGAAUCUGCUCACAUCCAGUGUAAGGGAUGCAUCCUGAAGCCAUACAGUGUCUAAAACAUGGAAAGCCUUCACAGUCCUUGGGUUCUUACUAAACGUGUGAGAUCUUGUAACGGAGAGAAACCCUAAUUAUGUAAGAUGAGGAAAAGUUGUAGUCUUAAAUAUUUUCAUGUUCACUUGGGAUCUCACGGUAGAGAAAGAUUUCAUGAAAGUAAGAAAUGUUGGAAUAUCACCAUAAAAUUACAUUGUCCCUCAGCCUUUAAUAAACAUAAGGCUAUUCGUAUUUAUUGAGAAACUGCAUGUAUGGGAUGUGAAAAUUGCUUCCCUCUUUUCUAAAAUGUAUGGCUUUUUUGGUUUUAUGGAUUUUUUUGAACAUUUGAAGUUUGAAUAUUUGAAGAAUAUUUAAAUAUUUGUGUAUUUUUAAACUUCUCAGUCCUAUCUGAUUACUACUACAGUCUUAAUUUUUCUCUCAUCUUUAUUGAGGUAUGAUUGACAACUAAAUUUAUAUUUAAGGUGUACAUCCUGGUGGUGAUACAUGUAUGCAUUGUGAAAUGAUUACUCUAGUGAAGCAGAUUAAAAUACUUCUUACCUGACAUAAUGACCUUUUAUUUUGGUGUUUUGGAAAAUUUUCUUAUGUCUUAGAAGAUUUUAACUAUAUAGUAUUUUAUUAAAGUCAUCAUGCUGUAUAGGUCUCAACUUACUCAUCUUUCACUGAAAGUUUCAUCAGUAUCUCUGUUUUCCCCAUCCCACAAUCCCUGGAAACCACUAUUCUGUUCUGUGCUUCUAUGAAUUUGAGAUUUUUAGAUACCACAUAUUAAGUGUGGCCAUACACUAUUUGUUUUGUUUUUUUUUUUUGUCUGGCUUCACAUAGCAUAAUACAUCCAGGAUCAACCCUGUUGUGACAAAUGGCAGAAAUUUCUUCUAUAUUUAAGGCUUAAUAUUUUAUUAUACACACACACGCGCGCACACGCGCACACACACACACACACACCAUGUUUUCUUUAUUCUGUCAAGAGACACUUAGGUUCUACUGUUACCUGAAUGGUAUUAGUAUUGCUCCUUUGGAUAUAAGGGCACAUAUAUCUAGUCAUUUUAUUCCUUGGAUAUAUACACAGAAUUGUGUCUGCUGGGUCACAUGGUUCUAUUCUUUGAAGGAUUUAUUUAUUUAAUGUAUUUAUUUUAUUUGAGAGGUAGAGUUAUAGACAGAGAAGGAGAGACAGAGAAAAAGGUCUUCGAUGUACUGGUUCACCCCUCAAAUGGCUGCAAUGGCCAGAGUUGGGCCAAUCUGAAGCCAGGAGCUUCUUCCAGGUCUCCCACGUGGGCGCAGGUGUCCAAGUACUUGGACCAUUUUCUGCUGCUUUCCCAGGCCAUAGUAGAGAGCUGGAUCAGAAAAGGAGCAGCCAGGACUGGAACCGGCACCCAUAAGGGAUGCUGGCACUGCAGGUAGCAGUUUCAACCAUUAUGCCAUGGCACCAACCCCCGUUGUUUAUUUUUAAUUUAUUAGGAUCCUUUAUACUCAUUUCCUGAUGACUCUGCCCAUCUUCAUUCCCGCCAGCAGCGUGCAAGCUAACACUUGAUUAUCUUUUGAUGUUUUUGAUAAGAGCCAUGCAAAUGUGAUGUGAUCGUUUUGAUUUUCAUUUCCUUGAUGACAGUGAUUUUGAGCAUCUACAAAUACCUGCUGACCAUUUGUAUAUCUUCUUUGGAAAAAUAUAUAUCCAGGUGUUUUUCCCCUUUUAAAAUUAUUAUUUUUGCUAUUGGGCUAUAUGAAUUCUUUAUAUGUUGGAUGUUUAUCCAUAAUUGGGUAUGUAGUUAAAAAUAUUUUCUUCUUUUCCAUACAUUCCUUUUCCAAUUUAUUGUUUCCUUCACUAUCAAAAAAAGUUUUUAGUUUGAUAUAGUCCUGUUUGUUCUUGCUUACAUUGAAUUCUUUCAGUGUCAACUCCAAAAAUAAUGUUAUCAAGACCAUUGUCAACAUACUUUUUCACUGUUUUCUUUUAGGAUUUUUAUGGUUUUAAAGCCUUAGGUUUUCAUCUUUAACCCAUUUUGAAUUGAGCUUUGUGUAUGGUGUGAGGUAGUGAUCCAAUUGCAUUGUUUGAAUGUAUCUGUCUAGUUUUUUCAAUAUAAUUUAUUGAAGAGUAUCUUUUACACAUUGUGUAUUCUUGGCACAUCUGUCAAAAUUUUGUUAACAAAUAUGCAUGGUUUUACAUGUGGGCUUUCUGAUGUGUUCCAUUGGUGUGUCUAUCUGGUUUUGUGCCAGUAUAAUAUUUAUUUGAUUGAAAUCAGGAUGUGUAACACU